CUGACAGCAGUUUUCUCCUGGCGAACGCUCAGAUCGUCGACUUCCCUAUUGUCUAUUGCAACGAAAGCUUUUGCAAAAUCUCUGGCUAUAAUCGUGCCGAGGUUAUGCAAAAGUCCUGCCGCUGCGGAUUCAUGUACGGGGAGUUGACGGACAAAGAGACGAUCGCCAGGAUCGAGGAAUGCCUCGAGGGCCAGAUUCACGAUCAAUUCGAGAUCCUGCUGUACAAGAAGAACAGUGCCCCACGAGGUAUGUCUAGCUCAGGUUCGCAAAAGAGUGCUCGAAAAAUCCACCACGUGAACAAGAGACGACACACAUACAAGGAUCGUCGAACGAUCCCAGGACCAAGGGGUGGCCAUAAUGAGAGGACGCUAUUCGACCUCCCUACUCUUGAUUUCAAAACACCACUAUGGCUGCUUCUACAAAUAGCGCCAAUAAAAAACGAACGGGACCUGGUGGUCCUGUUCCUGUUGACCUUCCGGGACAUCACUGCCCUGAAGCAGCCAAUCGAGACGGACGACAGCAAGGGUGGCCUCUCGAAGUUCGCCAAGCUCGCCAGAUCGGUCACCAGGUCGAGAUCUGUUCUUGUGUCACAGUUCAGCUCCCAUCUGCCCGCCCUCAAGGAUUCCGCGUUGCCAACCACCGCGAAACAGUCACACUUAGCUCAUAUGAUGUCCUUAAGCGGCGAUGUGAUGCCGCAGUACAGACAGGAGGCGCCAAAGACCCCGCCGCACAUUUUGUUACAUUAUUGCGCGUUCAAGGCGAUCUGGGACUGGAUCAUUUUAUGUUUGACCUUUUACACGGCCAUCAUGGUGCCCUACAACGUCGCCUUCAAAAACAAGACCAGCGAGGACGUCUCCCUGCUGGUCGUCGACAGCAUCGUCGACGUCAUAUUCUUCAUCGACAUUGUCCUCAACUUUCACACCACGUUCGUUGGCCCUGGUGGCGAGGUGGUGUCUGACCCCAAGGUGAUCCGAAUGAACUACCUAAAGUCAUGGUUCAUCAUCGACCUGUUGAGCUGCCUACCGUACGACGUGUUCAACGCGUUCGACCACGACGAGGACGGCAUAGGGAGCCUGUUCUCAGCGCUGAAGGUGGUCAGAUUGCUUCGCCUUGGCCGAGUGGUUCGGAAACUAGACCGGUAUCUGGAGUAUGGAGCCGCGAUGCUCAUUCUACUGCUCUGUUUCUACAUGUUGGUUGCUCACUGGCUGGCCUGUGUCUGGUACGUCACUUUAAGGUACUCGAUAGGAAGGUCGGACGCGGACAAUGGAGUCCAGUAUUCUUGGCUGUGGAAGUUGGCGAACGUCACCCAGUCACCGUACAGCUAUCUGUGGACCAAUACCAGCACCGCGCCGGAACUGGUCGCUGGACCGUCCAGGAGAACCAUGUACGUCACCGCGUUGUACUUCACGAUGACUUGCAUGACAUCUGUGGGCUUUGGUAACGUCGCCGCCGAGACCGAUAACGAGAAGAUUUUUACCAUCUGCAUGAUGAUCAUUGCCGCCCUGUUGUACGCCACGAUCUUCGGUCACGUGACUACGAUAAUCCAACAGAUGACGUCCGCCACGGCCAAGUAUCACGACAUGCUGAACAACGUGAGGGAGUUUAUGAAGCUGCAUGAGGUGCCGAAGGCGCUCAGCGAACGCGUGAUGGAUUACGUGGUGAGCACCUGGGCGAUGACCAAGGGCCUAGACACCGACAAGGUACUCAACUACUGCCCCAAGGACAUGAAGGCGGAUAUCUGCGUUCAUCUCAAUAGGAAGGUCUUCAACGAACACCCUGCAUUUAGAUUGGCCUCUGAUGGCUGCCUCCGUGCCCUAGCGAUGCAUUUCACAAUGUCCCACAGCGCUCCUGGUGAUCUAUUGUAUCACACCGGCGAGUCUAUCGACUCGUUGUGCUUCAUCGUAACCGGAAGUCUCGAGGUAAUCCAGGACGACGAGGUCGUGGCGAUCCUCGGCAAGGGAGACGUGUUCGGCGACAGCUUCUGGACAAACCCGUCCGUAGGACAAAGCGCUGCCAAUGUUCGAGCUCUAACCUACUGUGAUCUUCACACGAUCAAGAGGGAUCGAUUGCUGGAGGUGUUGGAUUUUUAUCAGGCCUUCGCCAACUCCUUCGCGAGAAAUCUCGUUCUAACCUACAACCUUAGCCACCGACUGAUCUUCCGGAAGGUGGCCGACGUCCGUCGAGAAAAGGAGCUGGCUGAGAGGAGGAAGAACGAGCCGCAGUUAGAUCAAGCGCAGGAUCACUUGGUGCGCAAAAUCUUCUCGAGGUUCAAGACCGACGGGGAAGCCCAGAUCGGCGUGAGCAGGGCCGCGAACGGACGGUCCCAACAGGAUUCCGACGAGGAGCUCACCGUGAACGUCCUGCCGCCCUGGCCCAGUUUUAGGUUCCGCAGGGAGAGGCACAAUGCUGACGUGGAGAAGGGCGACGGGAAGGACGGGAAGGAGGGGAAGGAGGGUGAGUCGUCGCACACCAGGAAACUCUCCACCGCGGAGGAGAACACUGCCGUCAAGGGACGGGCCGGGAAGUGGGGACGGCUCUUAGGAAGCUCCAGCCUAGACUCCGGGAGCGAGACGGGAACCGGAGUGGACACGUUCAAACGAUCCCUGAGCGCGAGAGACGCCCGGCCCAGCUCCAGCGCCAGCAGCAACAAAGUGUUCCCAAAGUUUGGCAAGCUGACAGGCACCAUCGAGGAGUCGGGCGACGUUGAGAACGCGAAGGACGCGCAACAGCAGCAGCAGCAGCAGCAGCAACAGCAAACGGUGGUGGCAGAUUCGAAGCAGCUGCAGCUACGUCGACUGGAGAGUUACGACGACGGAUUGAUCACCACCCAGUCGAGCCACGACCGCGAGAUACUGGCGGCGGUGCUCGAGGUGAAGGUGGACUUGAAGCUGGAAGUGCAGCGGGUGAACCAGAGACUGGCGAAGAUCGAGGAUAUGCUGCAAACGUUGAUGAACAGGCUUCCCGCGGCUAGCCCGCCGCAGCAGAAGGGCACGAACAGCUUCCCGACGGGCGGCAACGGCGGCUGCUCGCUGAAUCAGUCGACCAGUCAGCCGCAGCCGGGCUCCGGCAGCCAGCAGGGUUCCCAAACAACGCAGACACCCGGUGGGAACGGCGAGCAGAAGGUCUCAAUAGCGACUGCGUCCACGUCGACGACCGAAGGCUACAGGGAGCAGGGCACGGCCACGGAGAGGAGCUCCAAGUCCCAGGAACACCAUCAUCAUCACCAUCACCAUCAUCAGUCGCAGCAGUCCGACAGACUGAAGGACAGUAGUGACUACAAGGCUUCCUCGAGGGAAGUGAGCAAAGAGUUGCUGGAGAGACUGGCCCAGGCGUCCACCUCCAGGGGGGACGACAGCACGCCACUUGGCCCGCUGAUUCUGAGGAAGAGAAGAAGCAAAUCGAGGAACAAGGGAGCCGCGCCGUUGGCGCCGUUAGCUAGCCAACCGAUCAGCCCGUCGGAGGCGACAGAGACUACGCAGAUGCUCGAGUGCACGGACGACAGGGAGCCGAGCGCCACCGCGACGGAUCGAAGCGACAGGUCCGACAGGAAGAGGCCUCCGCCCAGGCCUAGGGAGUACUUGUGAAAGUUCUUGAGGUUCCGGGCGGUCGUCUCGAGGCUGAUCUUCUGAUUCACUGAUACACUGAACCGUGUAGUUCUCUGAAGCACUCUGAAUGGAGUACCCUUUUUUUUUUUUUUUUUUUUUUUUUUUUUGAAGUUAGGUUUAGUAAGAUAUAAGCUGAGUUGGGACUGGUGUAUAUUCGAGAUUAUUGUGUUUUGUACGAUUGGAUGGAAUGAUAUAUAUAUAUAUUUAUAUGUAUAUCGGAGCUGUCGGUCCAAUUCCGAGCGGUGGACAGAGGAAAGUAGCUAUUCUGGAAGUUACCGUGACACUUGAAGAAAGAAGAAUGUUACACGUUACAUGAGAAUAUAGGUUACGCGAUUAGGAUUUGCGAUUUUUGCCGAGGAACAGGCGGUUAGGCUAUUUCAGCGAACUCUUUUCAACGAAACCGAGUGUGUACCGGUAGAGUGAAGCUAUCUGUAAAAUUAUUUCAUCGCGUUUCAACGGACAUGUCGCAUUUUCGCUAAUCGCUUCGCGUCUGGUCUUCAGCGAGCGGUUUUCGUCGGUACGAAAAAAACGAACGCGACACGAAAGUAGAAAAGAAAGGAAGCUACCGAUUCUUCAGAUUAAGAAUUUCGCGGGUCGUCGAUCGAAUUUAAUACGAAGAAAGAAGCCAAAGAGAUGAACGAACAAAGGUUGAGAAAGUAUAAGAAGAGGGGACGUGCCGGCGAAACGGCCCCGCUAUUAUAAAUACAAACAUACGGCAUAUUUUUGCAUGGCCGAACGCGCGAUUAAAAAGCAAAGCAGCAAACCAAAGAAAAAAAGAGGAAAAAAAAAAAAGUAUAUCGAAUUAUAUACUGCUUGCGACGGCUUCUUCGAGACAUCGAAACGUUCAAACGAGCGAUUGAAAAACUAAAA